UUUGAAUUUUUGGGUAUACUAUGUAGACAUGCUUUAAAGAUUCUGGAUUUACUAAAUGUGAAGGAUAUGAUUCCGGUACAUUAUAUAUUAAAGCGGUGGACAAAAGAUGCUUCUAACAUGAACGAGGUAGAUAUCGAUCUAGUAGAAAAAGAUAGUGAUCCAAAAGUUGAAGUUACUGCAAGGUACAUACAUUUAUGCCAUACUUUUGUUCAAAUUUCAAGUGAAGCUUCAGAAUCCACAGAAGGGUAUGAAUUGGCCGCAAAAGGUGCGAAUGAGAUAAUUGCCAAGUUAAAGGAUAUCAAGAAGAGAAAUGAAUCGCCUGAAAAGUUGGCUCCAAGCAAGAGUAUUCAGAACGAACCGAGUGAAAUAAUAUUUAUUGACAACACAAAUGUCACAAAGGUGACCGGGUUAAAAAGAAAGGAACCAACUCGUCGCUCUAAUACUCGGCCAAAGAGUUUUACGGAAAAGUCCAAGAAGAAAGGUAGGACUUCGUUGCCAAAAUCUCUUCAAUGCCAAACUAAGCAACAGUUAGAUCACCUUCCCUGUCUUCAAGUCCCAUGUACACCUUUAUCAGAUACAUCAAAUGAUAUGGGUGUGACAGAAGGAAGUUUUCCUCCAUUGUGCCCUCCACAGUUGUCUCAAGGGUCAUCUAAUGGAAGUUUGACUCAACUCUUAAGAGUUAGUGAACAAUUUUUUAAUACUUCACAUACGUAUAUAUUUUUCUAAUAAGUACUAUUAUUUAUCACAAACUGUCUUUUUAUAUCUAUUGCAGGAUGUUUCAUUUCAUGAUUUAAACAAGUAUUCUCAACAUUGAUUAUGGCAAAUUCGUGAACGCAGAGGUUACAUGGUGAUCGUGUCCGACAUAGUAGCUUGUUUCCGUUCAUAGGUUUUUUUACUAGUGUGCAAUUGACAUUCGCCAAUGUGAAUUGAGCCUUUUUUUUUUUUUUCAUGUCAAGGUUGUAACCCACCUGUGGAUGUUGGAAUUUGUUUGUCCCUUAUAGAAGUAUGUUUUGAGUUUCCUCUUCUCAAUUCCAAUUUCCCUUAUAUCGAAGAUCUGAACAAUCUUCAACUUUGGAACUACAAUAAAGUAAUGUUUUUGAUGCUUAUUUGGUUGUGCAACUGCAUUGAAUCAUUUGUUGCAUGAUAUUUACCCUGUUUUUUGGUAGCAAGAGAAAAGGCAAUUGCCAAUGUAAUCAAGACAAAUAUAUUUGGAAAGAGAAAGGUGCUUCGUGUGCUUGGAUUUCAUCAGCAAGACUAGUUUGGGAUUUUUAUUUCAUGGGAAUUCUGACUGCAAAUACAGUUGAAAUGAAACAAGGUGAUAGAAUUCUAGAUUUUUGUUUUCAUGCUUCAAUAACACCUUUCAAGAUGUUUAACCAAGGAAGAUUAUGUUAAGACAUUUUUUUUUAUAUGUUACACUGUUAACAAUACCGUCCCCUACUACAUUUUUAUAUUGUGUUUGAAACGUGGGGUGGCUAGUAGUUUGGUUGAUUAUUUUGAGAAAUGAAUACUAGAAGAUCCUGCUUUUCGGAUAGUUGGAGUAGUAAUAACAGAAAAAACGAAUACUUAAGAUUAUAUUAGCAUCCAAUAAAGUGUGGAGCGGACAUACGCGGAUGCAAUAUUUUUAGUUUAUGAGUUCUGGACAAUCUAUGAAAAUAAUGGCGCGUUAAAUUUGAAAGAGGUUGAAAUUUUGGGCGGAAAUUUAACAAUAUUUGGAGACAUGGUAGUGUAAAUAACAGACACUUAAAGAAAGAUCAUGAAAAUAAAAAUUAAAAAAAAAUCAUGAAAUGAGAUAUCUUCAAUUUUUGUUGGGAAUAAAGAAAAUCAGAAGACUGAAAAGUAGCAUGAUUCUCGCCUAUAAUAAUGUUGCUGAUAAGAAAAUAUUAAAUAUUAACUAGUGUGUGGCCUAACCAUGGUUUAAGAGGCUUUUUUGGUUGAACAAUUAAUGACCCUUAGAUUUGUA